AUGAGUUUAGGUUCGCCAACCACGAGCAUUUGCGAUGCGGGAUCUGGCCGGCCUGUUGCAUGCUCACGAUGCAGGCAGCGCCGUUCUGGUUGCUCCAAAGAGCGCCCUCAGUGUUCAAGAUGUCGAGACAGCGGACUCGACUGCAUCUACGAAGAAGCAAGAAAGAUAACCAUCACCGAAAACUAUUUGAGAGAUUUGGAGGCAAAGGUCAAGGAGUAUGAGGGUUUCAAAGGUCCAGGGUCAUCUGACAACUUUCUCCGCGGCUUGCGCAACCUAUCGGGUCUAUAUUAUGAUGAUGGCGGUCUCGAUACUAACACAGACUUCUACAAUCCAGAUGCUCUGCGAUCACGUCCCAUGUUCCCACGAAACAAGGCCAGAUUACCCCCUUGGGACAUUGCUCGACGUUUGUUCGCUAUACAGUACACAUAUAUCGGCACCAUAUUCUGUUUUACUGAUCCGGAGGCCUUUGAACGAUCACUUCUUGAAGCUUAUCAGGGUCCGCCCCAAGGUUCUGAUAAGGAGGGUCGCCUUGCGUAUGCUAAAGUACUGAUGAUCUUGGCCUUUGGUCAGCUGUACUCGAUCAACCAGUGGAUCGACUUCAAGGGGCCUCCUGGAUUUGAUUAUUUCACAGCAGCUCUGGAACUUCUGCCCGAAAUACACGAAGAAGGAUCGAUACUGCGUGUUGAGGCAUUGGCCUAUGUCGGCUACUUUAUGCAGAACAUGAACCGUCGCGAUGCCGCUUUCCUCUACAUUGGUAUGGCACUGCGAAUGGCCAUCUCACUCGGUCUCCAUCAAGAAGCCGCUGGCACUGGCCUGGAUGAGACUACUCUGGAACACCGGCGGCGCGUAUGGUGGAGCAUUUACAGUCUGGAUCGCAUUGUGUCUGUCAAGUCGGGGAAUCCACUUACUAUUCAGGACGAAGAUAUCGGUAUCUCGAUGCCGUCCAAGCUUCCUAGUGAGCCCGAGUACUGCCCAGCAGUUGUACUCCGUCACUACACGGAAUUGUCGCGUAUUCUUGGCGAGAUUCUUAGCCGCAUCUACCGUAAAACGCCAAAGUCAGGUAGUCGCCUAAUGGCUUCGGUGAGAAACAUAAUGAUGUCACUCAACAAGUGGCAUCGCGAACUGCCGGACGGCCUGCGUUUCGAUCCGGCCAAGCUGAGCAUCUCACGCGAGUCCGUGUCGACCUUCUUACAUUACUACCAGUGUAUCAACAUGACUGCCCGCCCUCUAUUGUUCCAUGUCGUGCAUCGGCGGCUGAAAAACAACUACGGCGGCGCGGCAAAGGAACAAGACUGGAAAGUCGGACUCUCGCACACCACAAUCCGCGUCAUCGAAAUGUGCAUCUCGGCUGCGCAAGAAACAAUCAGCAUGAUGGUAAUAGCGGCACAGCUCGAUCUCGUAGCUACCUACGGCUACAUGGAUAGUGAGCACGCAUUCAGCGCCACCAUCGUCCUAGUUGUGGUCUGUGGCGCCUUUCCGACCGACCCCGGAGCCAUGAAAGCUAUGAACGCUGGACUCGAUCUGCUGCGGGGUAUGUCGCAAAGGGGAAAUAGUCACAUGGGUGCCAGGUAUGAGCUGCUUGCGCAUUUGAAGUCGAUCCUCAUGCCUGGUGCUGUGGGCACAGCGGUGUCAUUUCUACCAACAAAACCAGCUGUGGCCCCUAUCUUUGACGUUUUCUACGACGUGGACGCUAACUUUGGAAGUGUUCUUGGUGGAGAUGACGAUUCGAUGUUGUGGGAGGAAGGUUUUGCAGAUCCAGCAGGCUAUGAUUUGACCCAGUGGACGCAGGCAACACAAAUGGCCGUAGAUGGGGGCAACUCGUGA